CAUAUCGGCGGCGUGUGCACUGCCCGGCCGUUGAACAGACAGUCCGCCGAACAAUUCGUCAAUACCUGCUCUCUGCAGGCAAUCAAUCAUGCCCAUAACUGUGGUGAAUACAGUAUCUAUAGCCCCGAUACGGUAGCGACGGGAUUUGCCGGUUCGCUUCGCUGCCUGACACCAACAACUCCAGCAGCAGCGAAACGGUGGUAUAGACACCGCACAAGCUCGGGAUGAGCGGCGACAUAAGCCUUGGUGGGCUGCGCAUAGCGAACCCGGACGAUGAAGAGGCGGCGAUUGUGGCACCGACGUCACCCACGAGACCGAGCAUGCCAAUGGGCCGGUCACCACCCGCACCCAGCUCGCGAUCUUCCAACAGCACGGUGAUGCCUGGCUUGGUAGCGGAAGAACGGGAUGCGGUGAGGGAGGAAGAGGGCGGUGGUUUCAGGUUUGAUCCGGCAACGUACAACCUACAGAAUGCCGAUGGCACAACAGACUCUGCGCAACCACCCGCAUCACCGAGCAGACGGCAAGAGCAGUCCAAUAGGUCUUGGGGUGUGCCAUCCAUGCAGAGCAUGCCGCUGGGACACCAGGCUCAGCAAGCCAUGCAAUAUGCGUCGUACUCUCCCAGUCAUGCCACACCACCAAUGCGCAGGCCGAGCAAUCAGAGCACCUCCGUGCGACCCGUGAGCGGCAUGUAUGCCCAAUCCAACAUCUCCGGGAGCUCCGGAAUGUCAAGCCAGGGGUCCUACAGGUACAGGGAUGAAAUGGCAGCAUCUUCGGACAGUAGUUCUGUAGGGCUGGCACGGAGCGGGUCAAAAUCAGCGCGAGGCAUCAUGAGUGCGACAGUGGUCCGAGAGCCAAGUAGGUCAUACAGGCAAAGUGGCCAGCAGAUGAACGGUGGGAACGGGCCUUUGCCGCCGAGGCGGAAUUCGAAACGUGUAAGAGCACCGGUGGCUGCGCCCAAUGGCGGAGUAGAAGGAGCAGAAGCACCGUAUAUUGGCGGUGCGCCGAUGCCGAAGACCGCAGAGGAGUGGCAGGACCGAGGCGCCUCCGUGAUCAGGCAGCAGGAGGUCGACUCGUCAGGACAGACAGUCACCCGGACGGUGAAGAAGGGCGUCAAAGACUUCAACUUCGGACGGACGCUAGGCGAAGGCUCUUACUCUACGGUUCUCGCGGCUACAGAUCGACAGACGCUAAAAGAGUAUGCCAUCAAAGUGUUGGACAAGCGGCACAUCAUCAAAGAGAAAAAAGUCAAGUAUGUGAACAUAGAGCGCGAUACAUUAAACAGAUUAACCGAGCAUCCGGGCAUUGUGCGACUAUACUAUACAUUCCAGGACGAGCGAUCGCUGUACUUUGUCUUGGAUCUGGCGUCUAGCGGUGAACUAUUGGGUGUGUUGAAGAAGAUGGGCUCAUUCGAUAUGGAGUGUGCGCGAUUCUACGGCGCCGAAAUAUUGGAUAGCGUGGCGUAUAUGCACAGCAGAGGCGUCAUACAUCGUGACCUGAAGCCAGAGAACGUGCUGCUAGACAAGGACAUGCACGUCAAGAUCACGGACUUUGGGACGGCGAAGAUAUUGCCAGAGCCCAGGGUGGGUGGAGCAGGCAGUCAAGAAGCACCUGGUGACCCGACAGACGGCGCAGAGACGGAUCGAGCAGUGUCCUUUGUUGGAACAGCGGAGUACGUAAGCCCGGAAUUACUGCGCGACAAGAAUGCAUGCAAAGCCUCGGAUCUCUGGGCAUUUGGCUGCAUCAUCUAUCAACUACUGGCCGGCCGACCACCAUUCAAAGCAGCGAACGAGUAUCUCACCUUCCAGAAGAUCCUUGCAUUGGACUAUACCUUCCCAGACGCCUUUCCGGAAGUGGCGCGAGAUCUCAUCGAACGUCUACUUGUAUUGGAGCCGGCGAACAGAUUACCGAUCGAGCAUAUCCGCAACCACCGGUUCUUCGACGGCGUGCAAUGGGGCAAGGGCUUAUGGCGGCAGAAGGCACCGCGACUGAAGGCAUAUGCUGCACCGCCUGCUGAGCCUAUCAAGCUUAAUGUGCCAAACCAAAAGAUUGCGUCUGCGGGAGCCGCGGCAGCGAUGAAUAUGGCGGCCACGCAGAUGGCUUCGCCUCCGAGCAAUGGCCGGCCGCAGUUACGAGGCGUCACCGAGCUUCCGCCGCCAAGCCAGCUGGACAUCGACUGGAGUCCUGUGUUGACGAGGAGUAACGAGCGGAUACUCAAGCUCGGCAACCUCAUCGUCUACACCGGCCCGGCAGGGCAAAGCAACGGUGCAGAGCCUGGAACACCGUCCGAUAAGCCGAAGUUUAGAUCCAUCUUCGGUGGCAGUGCGCAGAAGAAACGAGAGCGGCUUGUGCUCAUCACGAGCUGUGCGCGCUUGGUCGUCGUUGCGGCAGGCGGCAACGAGAAGAAGGCGAAGAUGGAGUUGAAUCUGCUCGCUAGCGGGACGUCAUGGAAGAGCUUUACUGACGCCAAGGGCUUGACGGCUUGGCAGCUCGAUACUCGCGAAAAACACCUAACCUUCGAAGACCCGCGCGCCACCACCUCCGACCCGGCCGGCAGCAAAUACAGCACUCAAGAAUGGAUCGAAGCGGUCGAGCAAGCGCGCGAACUCGCCGUUGCGCAGUCGAUGGCAGUAAGCUUUACUUACUCCGGCGACUCGCUAAUGAACAAUCUGGAGCCCAUCAUCAGCGGUAGCCCGGCAGGGUCACAGGGCAGCGAUUACCAAGGAGCGAUGCCCGGACCAAACGUGGAGAGACAUGCGCUGCGGCAGACGCUGCGGAAACAGAACACGGACGACUCCGACACAUUCAAGGGCCGGAAGAGGUUCUCAAAGCGGCAUUCGAAGAGUGGGCUUGCGGCUGUCUUCUAACAUUGCAAAUUUGAGUCUUCACACAGCAUUUCGAAUUCGGCACAGUCACUAUAGCCAUCCUUACGACGUUACGACAACUCUACGCAGCGGAUUUAAUCAUCUUUCUUGACGAUCUUGAGCGGCGCCCGCAGCAUACAGCCGAAAAAUCUUUUCUUAAGCGUCUGGGUGGGUCUGUCGGUAGCGGAGCUCAGCAGGCAGGCGUUCUAACUGGCUCACUUUCUUGUGUAUUUGGUGCACUGAGUGGAUGAUGGAAGGCAUGUCCUGGUCGGCAGAAGAAGCAUUCGUGAUGUCGUUGAGUGGUGGCGGUACAGAGCUUACUCCAUGGCGGCGAAUUCGGUCGACUGUUGGAGCGUGAUACCGUACGUGAGGGUAAAAAUACAUGGGACAAGCUAAACGCAUACUGUAGCUUGGCGUAUCGAUAUCCUGCCGCCUCACU